AGAGCUCAAAAUAUGGAAGAAGUUCUACAGCAUCCUGAAAUUAGCAGAUGGUUGAAUGAUAGCGACUUGGUGCCAUUCGUGUUGGCAGGAGAUUUUAAUUCACCUUCUCAUUUGGACUGGACUAGUGAAACGAGGAAGGACCAUGGAGGGUGGGUCAUAGACUGGCCAGCAACGAAAAUCGCAGAAGAUGCGGGAUUACAGGACUCCUUCCGCAUACUGCAUCCCAGUGUUAUAGAUGAGCCAGGAAAUACGUGGUCAACUGUUAAUAAGUUCAUGGCUGAAUGGGAGUAUCAGAUUCCGGAACCUCAGGAUCGAAUAGAUUACAUACUCUACAAGGGCAACAUCUUUCCCAUAGGAACCAUAUUGUACUCUGGUAGGGAAAGUCUUAGGCCAAUGCCGGAUCAUCGGGAAAACGACUAUCCUUCAGAUCAUUACGCCCUAAUAACUGAUUUUGAGUUUACAUAUUCAGAGCGUUGUAGUAUAUGUUCAUGA